AUGGCGCACGCCGCGUCCCAGCUGAAGAAGAAAGCGGAUUUGGAGCUCACCGCCGCCGAGGAGGAGAAGGACAAGAAGAGGAGAACCAGGAAGAGGUCUCGGGAAGGCAAGAAAAAGACUGACACCAAUGCCAGUUACCUGCGAGCAGCCCGGGCCGGUAACCUGGAGAAAGCCCUCGAUUACCUGAAGUCUGGGGUCGAGAUCAACAUCUGCAACCAGAAUGGCCUGAACGCUCUCCAUCUCGCCUCCAAAGAGGGCCAUGUGGAGAUGGUGGCACAGCUUAUUAAACUCGGAGCCACCGUGGAUGCGGCAACAAAGAAAGGAAACACGGCUCUGCACAUCGCCUCCCUCGCUGGUCAGACCGAUGUGGUUCGAGAGCUGGUGAAUAAUGGAGCCAACGUCAAUGCACAGUCUCAGAACGGCUUCACGCCACUCUACAUGGCUGCACAGGAGAACCAUCUGGACGUGGUCCGCUUUCUGCUGGACAACAGCUCCAGCCAGAGCAUCGCCACAGAGGAUGGCUUCACUCCAUUAGCCGUAGCACUACAGCAGGGUCAUGAUCAGGUGGUCUCUCUUCUCCUGGAGAACGACACUAAAGGAAAAGUACGUCUUCCUGCGCUCCACAUCGCCGCCCGCAAAGACGACACCAAAGCCGCAGCUCUGCUGCUCCAGAACGACCACAACGCUGACGUCGAGUCCAAGAGCGGCUUUACUCCGCUGCACAUUGCUGCACACUAUGGGAACAUCAACGUGGCUACGCUACUCCUCAACCGUGGAGCUGCUGUGGACUUCAGAGCCAGGAAUGACAUCACACCUCUCCAUGUGGCAUCGAAGAGAGGAAACAGCAACAUGGUCAAGCUGUUGCUGGAACGCGGAGCGCGCAUCGAUGCCAAAACCAAGGAUGGUCUCACUCCGCUCCACUGUGGAGCCAGAAGUGGCCAUGAGCAAGUUGUGGAGAUGUUGCUGGACCGCGGAGCUCCCAUCCUGUCCAAGACUAAAAACGGCCUGUCUCCGCUGCACAUGGCCACGCAGGGUGAUCACCUGAACUGUGUACAGCUUCUGCUGCAUCACGACGUACCUGUCGAUGAUGUCACCAACGAUUACCUGACGGCGCUGCACGUAGCAGCCCACUGUGGACACUACAAAGUGGCGAAGGUCAUCGUGGACAAGAAGGCCAACCCUAAUGCCAAAGCACUGAAUGGUUUCACGCCUCUUCACAUCGCCUGCAAGAAGAACAGGAUCAAAGUGAUGGAGUUGCUGCUGAAGCACGGAGCGUCUAUACAGGCGGUGACGGAGUCUGGACUCACGCCGAUUCACGUGGCCGCUUUCAUGGGGCACGAAAACAUCGUUUCCCAGUUGAUGAAUCACGGUGCGUCGCCAAACACAACCAACGUGAGAGGAGAGACGGCGCUCCACAUGGCUGCCAGGGCUGGACAGACGGGUGUAGUGAAAUACCUGGUGCAGAACGGAACUCACGUCGAUGCCAAGUCCAAGGAUGAUCAGACUCCGCUGCAUAUCGCCAGUCGUCUGGGGAAGCCCGAUAUCGUGCAGCUGCUGUUGCAGCACGGAGCCGCGCCCGAUUCCACCACCACGUCUGGAUACACACCACUGCACCUGGCAGCCCGCGAGGGCCACAAAGACGUGGCUUCUAUACUGCUGGACCAGGGCGCUUCGCUGAGCAUCACCACCAAGAAGGGAUUUACACCACUACACGUGGCAGCUAAAUAUGGUAAAAUCGAGGUGGCCAACCUCCUGCUGCAGAAGAGAGCCCCUCCGGAUGCAUCAGGAAAGAGCGGACUAACUCCACUGCAUGUAGCUGCGCACUACGAUAACCAGAAAGUGGCACUUCUUCUCCUGGACCAGGGGGCCUCACCCCAUGCAGCUGCCAAGAAUGGCUACACUCCUCUACACAUAGCUGCCAAGAAGAAUCAGAUGGAGAUUGCCACCACGCUGCUGGAAUAUGGCGCCGAUACCAACGCCGUCACUCGACAGGGCAUCAGUCCACUUCACCUCGCUGCCCAGGAGGGUAACGUGGACAUGGUCACCCUGCUGCUUGCACGUGAUGCCACCAUCAAUAUGGGCAACAAGAGUGGCCUGACUCCUCUUCACCUGGUGGCCCAGGAGGACAAAGUGAAUGUAGCCGAAGUGUUGGUGAACCAGGGUGCCACUGUGGACCCCGACACCAAGAUGGGCUACACUCCACUGCAUGUCGCCUGUCACUAUGGCAACAUAAAGAUGGCGCACUUCCUCCUGAAGAACCAGGCUAAGGUCAACGCUAAAACGAAGAAUGGAUACACUCCUCUGCACCAGGCUGCGCAGCAAGGCCACACACACAUCAUUAACCUCCUCCUGCAGCACGGAGCCUCGCCCAAUGAGCUUACAGCGAAUGGAAACACAGCGCUGUCCAUUGCCAGGCGGCUGGGCUACAUCUCAGUAGUGGACACUCUCAAGGUUGUGACAGAAGAGACGCUGACCACCAUGACGGUGACCGAGAAGCACAAGAUAAAUGUUCCAGAAACGAUGAACGAGGUUCUCGACAUGUCUGACGAUGAAGUUCGUAGAGCCAAUGUACCCGAAAUGCUCAAUGAGGACUAUAUGUCAGAUGUUGAAGAAGGUGAGGACGUGAUGUUGGGGGACACGGAUAAGUACCUGGGCCCCCAGGAUCUGCGCGAGUUAGGGGACGACUCUUUGCCUCAGGAAGGCUAUGUGGGUUUUAGUAUUGGAGCCCGAUCCGGAAGCCUGCGCUCCUUCAGUUCGGAUAGGUCCAACACAUUGAACCGGAGCUCUUUCACCAGGGACAGCAUGAUGAUCGAGGAGAUCCUGGCACCCAGCAAGGACACGCAUCUGGCUGUAGCUAAAGAGUAUGACACUGACUCUCUGAGGCGAUACAGUUGGACAGCAGAUGCCCUGGACAAUGUCAACUUGGUCUCCAGCCCGGUCCACUCGGGGUUCCUGGUGAGUUUCAUGGUGGAUGCCCGCGGCGGCUCAAUGCGAGGCAGCCGCCACAACGGGAUGCGCAUCAUCAUCCCACCACGCAAGUGCACAGCUCCAACUCGCAUCACUUGCCGCCUGGUCAAGCGGCACAAGCUUGCCUCGCCACCGCCCAUGGUGGAGGGAGAGGGACUGGCAAGCCGCCUGGUGGAAGUUGGCCCCGCUGGAGCUCAGUUCCUCGGCCCUGUGAUAGUGGAGAUCCCUCAUUUUGGGUCCAUGAGAGGGAAGGAGCGUGAGCUGAUCAUUUUAAGGAGUGAUAAUGGAGAGAUCUGGAAGGAGCACCAAUACGACUGCAAGACUGAAGCCCUUAAUGAGCUGCUUAAUGGCAUGGACGAAGAACUGGACAGCAUGGAAGACCUGGAAAAGAAACGCAUCUGUAGAAUCAUCACUAAAGACUUCCCACAGUAUUUUGCGGUGGUGUCACGAAUCAAGCAGGAGACCAACCAUAUGGGUCCUGAGGGAGGGGUUCUAUCCAGCAUGACUGUUCCUCAAGUCCAGGCCUCUUUCCCUGAAGGAGCUCUCACCAAGAAGAUCAGGGUUGGACUUCAGACCCAGCCAGUCCCAGACGAGAUGGUAAAGAAGAUCAUAGGCAACAGAGCCACGUUCAGCCCAAUAGUGACAGUGGAACCACGUAGAAGAAAGUUCCACAAACCCAUCACCAUGACCAUCCCUGUACCUCCUCGAUCAGGAGAAGGCAUGAACAAUGGCUACAAAGGAGAUACAACACCUUGCUUACGCCUUCUGUGCAGCAUCACGGGAGGCACCUCCCCUGCACAGUGGGAAGACAUAACUGGGACUACUCCUCUCACCUUCUCGAGCGAAUGUGUCUCGUUCACUACCAACGUAUCCGCCAGGUUCUGGCUUGCAGACUGCCAUCAGAUUCCAGAAACAGUAGCUUUGGCCACUCAGCUCUACAGGGAACUCAUCUGUGUGCCCUACAUGGCCAAGUUUGUAGUAUUUGCCAAAAUGAACGAUGCUGUGGAAUCCAAUUUGCGAUGCUUUUGCAUGACAGAUGAUAAAGUGGACAAGACCUUGGAGCAACAAGAGAACUUUGAAGAGGUGGCCAGAAGCAAAGACAUUGAGGUUUUGGAAGGGAAGCCUAUCUAUGUGGAUUGCUAUGGCAAUUUAACACCUCUGAUUAAAGCUGGACAGCAGCUGGUUCUUAACUUCUAUGCAUUUAGAGAGAACAGACUGCCGUUCUGUGUAAAGGUGAGGGACAACAGCCAAGAACCCUGUGGACGGCUUUCCUUCCUCAGAGAGAUAAAAAAUGCAAAGGGGCUUCCCCAGACUGCUGUCUGUAAUUUAAACAUCACUCUGCCCGCACUCAAAAAGGAUAUGGACUCAGAUCCUGAUGAUGAGACUGAAAAGCCAGAACGACGUCAUACCUUUGCAUCUCUAGCCUUACGUAAGCGGUACAGCUAUCUGACUGAGCCUGGAUUGAUUGAGCGAAGUACAACAAGAACACUGCCUGCUGGUUACCCUCACAAACCUGUCUUUUCAACAAGAUCUUACCAGGCAUGGUCGACUGCUCCUGUUACCAUCCCUGGGCAAACAAAAUGUGGACUGGGUUCCCUCUCCAGCUCACCUUCCAACACGCCAUCUGCUUCGCCAUUAAAGUCAGUCUGGUCAAUAACCUCAGCCUCUCCACUCAAGUCCACCCUGGGAACCACAAAUGCAUCUCCUGUAAAGUCUGUUAGUGACAUAGCAUCACCCAUUAGAACAUACAGAUCUAUCUCUUCACCUAUAAAAACUGUUGUUCAGCAAGGCCAGUACCCUUCUCCAGUUUCUAGUGGUCUCAUGUCUUCAUCUUUUAAAACCGGCACAGAUCCUGUAUCAAUCAAGGGACUUGCUGCUUCUUUGUCUUCGAGACCUAUCUCUGUACCAGCGUCUGGUUCUAUACUUGAUAGAACAUACACCACAAUGACCCCCCCUGAAUCUCCCAAGUCAAAUUUUUAUACUUCAGGUUUGUCACUGCGAUCAUCAUCCCUUACUUCCGCAACUACUGCAGCAACACCGACAUUUAAAACCUUAACAAGUCUGUCUUCUAUGAAAACAUCCCCAGAUCGAGGUCCAGUCCCUAACGGGACGAUUCUCUCAUCGCUGGCUUCACCAGCUGGACCUACUAUUGCAUCUGCUGAAACAGUCCUUCUUAAUGGAUCUGUGUCACCAGUCAAAUACCCCUCUUAUUCUCCCAUAUCGCCCCGUCUACUCUCAGAAGGAACUAGCAGUUUGCAGGAGAGGAUACAAGCUACAACACAAGCAGCUGCCUCCAGUGUUAGUGCAGCUUUUUGUGAAGCUGAAAAAACUUUAAUUGGUUAUUCUACAUCAAGCUAUGACACAGUUAAAUCCAUGUCAUGUCCUCUGAGAUCAAACGUGUCGAAUUCAGUGUAUGGUUCCUAUAGAUCCCCUGGUCCAUCUAGUACACCAUUAUCAACUAGUGGUAUGACUGUACCAGUUUUCUCUCUGGUAAAUGUUCUCCCUGAGCCCCAGGAAAGGAAGAUAUCGGACACAGUAUCAACCGCACCUCAGACAGCCGCUCCGACAUCAUCAUUUCCUCCCAGAUCCAAGCCCUCAAAACCACAACUCUUUAUCCCUUCAGCAGCAUUUAAAUCACCCACUUCCGCGCCAAUGUCAAAUCAAGACAUUUUGCGGGAUGUUGCAGACAUGAAAGAGGGUCUUAUAAAAAUGACUGCCAUUUUGCAAACUGAUGCCUCUAACGUAUCGAAGACAUACCAGUCCCAGGCUACUAGGGAAUCUAAAAUAGAUGAUGAGGAACCUUACAGUUUAGUUGAGAAAGUUAAAGAAGAUCUUGUGAAAGUUAGUGAAAUCCUCUCUAAGGAUGUACUGGGUGAGACUAAAGUCUGCAUUAAGGAUAAAGCAUCUGAGGACGAGUGGGAAGAAUUUUCAAAAGAUGAAAUAGAGGAGGCUCAAGAGAGUGUUCUGAAAUCUCACCCAGCAUUUGAAUCUACCCUUCCAGUUAGACCACAGUCAGUGCAAGACAAAGACCUGAAUUUAGCCAAGGUGGUUGACUAUUUAAUGAAUGACAUUGGUGCUAGUUCGCUUUCAAAAAUUGCUGGUGAAAAGAGCAAAUACAAUGAAAUGAAAGAGGGGGAGGAAAAACAGAAACGUACCUUCAAAUCUGAGCAUAAACUCAAAAUGCCACCUCAAGGCAUGCGUACAUCUCCUUCCGAGAAAGAUUUGUGCAAAUUAACUGAUUCAUACAGUGGCACAGAUGCAAUUUUGGAAUCCCCUGAUGACUUUUCCCACGAUCAGGAUAAAAGCCCACUCUCAGACAGUGGUUUUGAAACCCGAAGCGAAAAGACUCCUUCGGCUCCUCAAAGUGCAGAAAGCACAGGACCCAAACCUCUUUUUUCAGAUGUUCCGAUUCCCCCAGUCAUAACAGAAACCAGAACAGAGGUUGUUCAUGUCAUCAGAAGCUAUGAACAUCCUGAGGAAACCUGUGAGCCCUUAAUGGAAGAAGCUGCCGCAUUACAGUCACCUGCUUGCAUUGAACCUGAGUCAGCUGCUGGCUCUAUUAAAGACAAAGUGAAGGCAUUCCAGAUGAAAGUCAGUUCUGAAGACGAUUCUAUGAUGAGCAAAAGCAUGUGUCUGAAAGAGGAAACUCAUAUAACUACUACGACUAGAAUGGUCUACCAUAAACCCCAGUUAAAAGAGACAGGCUCUGACAGAAUUGAAGAAACCAUGUCAGUUCGAGACAUAAUGAAAGCGUUCCAGUCAGGGAGAGACCCCUCCAAAGAACUGGCUGGGCUAUUUGAACACAAGGCUAGUAAGGAUUCCAUCAAAGGAGAUGAAUUAACACCACGGUUCUUUGACAAAGACGCAAAACCCAAAGUUGAAAGAAUAAUUGAGGUUCAUAUAGAAAAGGGCAACACAACAGACCCAACAGAGGUAAUAAUCAGAGAGACAAAGAAACAUCCUGAGUAUGUAUACAAAGGCAGCUGUGGUCUGAAGGAACUUUCUAACAGAGUCGAGGGUGAUUUGGGGGCUCUGCAGGAAGAGGAAAUUUUUGCAGCUGAGGAAUCAUUGCCCUCUUUCUUAGAAACCUCUAGAGUAAAUACACCUGCUUCUCAAGAAGAGGAGAGUCGACCUAGUUCUGCUCAGCUCAUUGCCGAUGACUCGUACAAAGCUUUUAAACUUCUAAGCCAGCAGUCCAUUGAAUAUCAUGACGACGAAUUGUCCGAGCUGAGGGGAGAGUCUUAUAGAUUUGCUGAGAAAAUGCUUCUUUCUGAAAAAUUAGACACAUCACAGUCUGAUACCGAGGAUUCAGCUAUUAACCAGGGAAAUGGCAUCACUCCCGAUAUAGGAGCAGAAGGACUUUAUGGCCCAAAAAAAGAAUCGAUUUUCAAGUCAGCUAGAGACGCUUCAGACAAAUUUUUCCAUAAAGACCAGUAUGAUAAACUGACAGUGUUGCACUACACAACAGAACCCGGCAGCCCCAAACAUACAGUCAGGAUGCGCUUCACCCAAGACAGGCAAGACAGAAAUAGAGAGAAUCUUAUUUAUGAAGAUCGUGUUGACCAGACGGUUAAAGAGGCAGAAGAAAAACUAAGUGAAGUUUCGCAGUUUUUUAGAGACAAAACAGAAAAGCUAAACGAUGAGCUUCAAUCCCCUGAAAAAAGGCCUCCCAUGAGAGACUUCAGGGAGACACGCUCAGGCCCAAGCUCAGUUUGCAGUAGUCCUCAGAAAACAAAGCAGAAACCCGAACUGAGCUCAGACGAAUGGGAUAAGGGGAAACAGAAAUUAUUUGGUAGCAUGAAUGAAAGAAAAAGCACUAGUUUGCCAAGCAGCCCAGAGAGACACGUGCAGUCACGCUUAAGUGAGGACAAAGAAAAACAGGAAAGCGGUGCCUGGCAGUCAAAGUCAGGUGAUAUUUCUUCCCCAGUUCAAGUUAAGACUUCCAGAGUAAGCUCCGUUAGGCUAAAAUUCGAAACAGAAAUCCAAAAUCAAGAAAAAAGUAUGCCAAGUGCACAACCAAAACCACCUGUGAAAAAACUUCAGGAAAGUAAGUUACCCGUCUAUCAAUUUUUCGCUGGCUCAAAGGCGUCAAAAGUAGAUUCCACAGAGGAAACAAAGCCUCUGAACAAAAGCGCAGAGAGUGAUAAAAGUAAAGUGACCUCUGGGCAAAGUUCAUCCAUUAAUAAAGCUGGCAUUACAUCAUGUUUGUCAGAAACACCUGACACUGUUUUCAGCAAGCCUCAGUUUGAAAAAGAUGUUGCAUUCGAAAAAACCAUCGACAUCAAUAAAAUCAGGACUAGUGAAAGUAGUAAGGAACAAAUCCGUACCUCCUUAAAAGAAGCUAGUGGUAUUGAUAAGCAGAGCACAAUCAAUGUUGACCUUAAGGGGCAACAUUUUAAAAACGGGUUACUUGUAAGGGAGAUAAAGUCAGAUUUGUCCUCAAAAAAGAAUUACAUAGAAAGUGACGAAUCACAAAUGAAGACUCUUAAAAAAAAGAUCACAGAAUCACAAAUUCCUGUGAGAAUGUCAUCUGGUCUCUCUGAUGUCGAUCAAGCAAAGAAAACAAAACAAGAUACAGUUGUUAAACAACUGGAAAAGAGUUCGUCACAUAUACCUACCUUAGCUAAAACUAGAGUACAGGGUCGCUCGGAACUGGCUAGGGAAGAGGCUGUAACAAAGACGAUCCAAGCAUCUGUAGAGGGUGGUGGCUUCAGAGAUGCAAAUGACACUAGUGCAGUGGAAAAGGUUACCACGGUCACCACCAGAGAAAGUUUCAAAGGACUGAAAACAUUACCAGUUUAUGUAAGUGUACAAGUAGGAAAACAAGGUGACAAAGAAUUAGCGGCAGGGGCAAAUGGAUCUGUCAAGAAAUUAGUCGGUUCGGAGAGCCGAACAAUUUACACAGUUAAACAGAGACAGCCGACAUCUCCUCAGGGCAGCCCAGACGAUGACACAUUAGAACAGAUAUCUUUUCUCGAUAGCUCUGGCAAAAGUCCCAUGACCCCAGAAACACCUAGUUCUGAGGAAGUCAGUUACGAACUCACCUCGAGAACCCCUGAAUGUUUUAUGGCAUUCAUACCAGGCAAUGCUAGUCCAAUAGCUGAAGUCUCUGAGGAAUCUGAGGAUUCAGAGCAAGGCAAAGCAUUUAAAGGACCUGCACCAGAAAAGCUCAUAGACACCAGGCCGGCCACCAGGAGUCAGGAUAAUGGACAGACAAGUAAAGACAAACGAGUUGCCUACAUAGAGUUUCCUCCUCCCCCUCCCUUGGACUCUGAUUCAUCACAAACAGAGAAGAAAGGGUCCACUCCUUCCUUAGAGAUGGACACUGAGAUGAUGGAGGUCAACCUCCAGGAGGAGCAUGAUAAGCAUCUACUUGCUGAGCCCAUAAUUAGAGUCCAGCCUCCAUCCCCUGUGCCCCCAGGAGCUAAUGAAAGUGACUCAAGUGAAGAUGAAUCAGUGUUUCAACCUAUUGCUGUAAAGAAAUAUACCUUUAAAAUUGAUGAGAAGGACCAGGAGAAGGAAUCCAAACCCAAAAAGAAUGACAGAAAUGGCAAUCAUAAAGAACCAGGCAUAAACGGUAACGGCAAGGCAGAGGAUAAUGACUAUGAACAAAAUGGCAAUGAUCAGUCCAUUACAGACUGCUCAAUAGCAACAACAGCCGAGUUCUCUCAUGACACUGAUGCCACAGAGAUUGACUCUCUGGACGGAUAUGACUUCCAGGAUGAGGACGAUGGCCUUCAUGAAAAUGACCUAAAACCAUUUGGACUUUCCAGCGAUAACAGAAAAGACAUUUGGGCUACGGAAAGCAUGCUUAGGCCGAGUGAUCGUUCUUUCAGCCAAAGUAAACUAGAGGUGAUUGAAGAGGAAUCACCAACUGAGGAGUACAAAAAGGUGAAAAAUAAGAGCGAUCCUUCUGUUAAAAAAGCUGAAAAUGGAAAAGACAGGGAAAAUGACAAAAAGCAAGCAAAGGAAGAAGGACUACCUGACACUUACUUUAGCUACAAGCUCGAGGAAGAGUUUAAUACGCCAUUUAAAACUGUUGCGACUAAAGGCUUGGACUUUGAUCCUUGGUCAAGUAAAGGAGGAGAUGAUGAAGUUGUCGAUGCUAGAAUUAAGGAUGAUGAACCCAAGCCUUUCGGGCUAGCUAUAGACGAGAAGUCUCAAGCGACUACCCCUGACACGACUCCUGCAAGAACUCCAACCGAUGAAAGCACACCGACUAGUGAACCUAACCCGUUCCCCUUCCAUGAAGGGAAGAUGUUUGAGAUGACCCGCAGUGGUGCAAUUGACAUGAGCAAACGGGAUUUUGUUGAAGAGAGGCUGCAGUUUUUCCAGAUUGGUGAGCAUUUAUAUGGACGGAGACCUGGGAUUAAAAGGGAAGGGGUCACAAAUCCAAGUGUAGUCACAUCACAACCACAGCAAGUAGAGCAUGCACAGGUUAAGAUGGAGAACAGCUCAGUAAUAUCAUACAAUAUCAUUCAGAUUUGCGCUGAUCGCUCGGACACCCCAUCUCAUGACAACAUUAUGGAGCCACCCUCAUAUUCAGAAGUCAGUUCUAAUUUGUGUUCCUCUUUUAAGAUAGGAGUCAAAGACACCUCUGGUGAGAAUAAAGAUUUGGUGUGUAUGGACUGGGACAGUUUUACACUUAAUGCAUCAUCAGCUUCAGAAGGCUUCAAAGCAGAAAAGGGUACAGACAGCCCAAACAAUCAAAAAACAGAUUUAUCGAAGACAGAGCAGAAUUGUAUUCAGACACAGAACUGCAAUAACAAUAAUAAUUUACAGGCCUCCAGUGUUGCAAAUAAUUACAUACAAUUCAGCACUAUAGAACAGGAUCAACACAAACACCCAGUGUCCAGUUAUGUUAAGCAUAUUCCUGAGGAUUUACUCAAAACAGACUUAGAUCUAGUCAGGAAAGAGAGCUGUGAUAUGAACAAGGCAAAAAUAAUUCUAGAAUGCCACGAACAAGGUGUUGUGAACAAAGAAACAUUAAUUCCACAAUGCAGGGAUGUUAAAAGAAAGUCAUUAAAGUCUAGGCUGCCGAUACUGGAACCCCGUUCAAAGAAAAGCUAUAGCAGUGCAGGUAUAGGUCCACAGCUAUCAAACAAAGAGAUCAAAGCAGUUCCCAGCAAAAGACUAGAUCCAUUCCCGAUUCUGAAGCCUACAUCUCGCAUCCCAGUGUUGAAGGUUAAAAAAUAUCCUCUAAGUUCUUCCUUGUCAGAAAAAAGUAGUCCAAAGUGUAGAACAAACACAUUAGUGAAAGAGAAAAGAAGGACUCGGGUGAUAGUAGCUAAAAGUACAUCUAAGACAGACUCACCAAGUACAUCAAACAGUAAGACAAGCCAGAAACAGGUGCAGGCCGUCGGCAAAAUCGCUAACUCGAAGGCUAGUGAAACAGUAAAGCUUGUGGACUGCCAUGCCGAUGAAGACAAAAAGAUGCAGGGAGAUGAUAAGGAUGAAGAAAGGAGCACAUCCAGGAACACCUCUUUGUCAGAAGCAUCCCAACCCUCCACUACAUCCAGGUCUGCUAGAGACGUGAGAGCAGAGGUUGAGCAGGCCGGCAGAGACAGGAAGAGGAGGAGGAGGAGUAAGAGGACGGGUGGAAGUGAAGGCAGUCAGGGUGCUGGGUCUCAAGUGGCCCCCGGCGUGGAAAUCGAGCCUAGCCCUCAAAGUCCUUGCGAAAGGACAGAUCUGCGAAUGGCUAUAGUGGCGGAUCAUCUCGGCCUUAGCUGGACUGAGCUGGCCAGGGAAAUGGAUUUCUCGGUUGAUGAGAUAAAUCACAUCCGUGUGGAAAACCCCAACUCGCUGACAGCCCAGAGUUUCAUGCUGUUAAAGAAAUGGGUCAGCAGAGAUGGUAAAAAUGCUACAACGGAUGCCUUAACCGCAGCACUGACAAAGAUCAAUCGGAUGGAUAUUGUGACAUUGCUGGAAGGGCCAAUAUUUGAUUAUGGUAACAUUUCAGGCACAAGGUGUUUUGCAGAUGAUAACGCAGUUUUCCGGGAUCAGGCUGAUGGUUACCACGACAUCAGUCUGGAGCUGCAGACUCCCACAGAUUUGUCCUAUGUUCCCCCCACCCCUCUCCGCCAGGACGAUUUCUUUAGCGAGGACGGUAGUGUAGUCUCGCCCAGCACAACCCUCAUUAGACCCAACGAACUGUCUUUGGCGACCACCUCCAAGGAUGUGCUCUUCCCCAGUAAAACUCCCCCUACUGUGGCAGCUGAGGAUACCUCGAUAGGAAGUAGAGGUUCUUAUAGUCGAGAAGGAGGAUCGACUGAAGAUGACCCAGAAGUCCAUGAGAGUGACCAGGUAACUAAACAUCCAGAAGUGUUCAUGGAGAGCUCUCCCCAAGAGCAAGAGGUUCCUUCCAAUGGAGCCUAUGGGGCAAGAAAAAGUGGCAGGUCUGGUUUUGAAGAAGAAGAGGAGGAAGAGGGGACACUUGAGAAGCUCCAGUCCUUUGUUGUUAAAGGUAUUAAAGUGGAGGAAGGGUCAGAGAAUAAGGAGAUAACCAAAGAAAGAGGGCAGGGAAUUCUCUCACAAGUGGAACAGGCAGAAAAAGAGAUGUCUUCGAUUGCAGGGUUGCAAGAAGGGCCAUCCAGCGUGAGCCAGGAGAUCUCUGCUUCAAUUCUUCAAGCUGAUACACAAAUGCAGCAAGAGAAGAGCCAAAAGCCAACAUCCACUUCCCCUGCUCUGCAAGCUCAAAGACAGAACGGGGAACAUGCAGAGCUCCAAGCCCAAGGCGGCAAAGGCAGCAAGGACACUGAGAAAAUCGAUAGGGCCUCCUGGGAUGAUCCCACUGCUGGGCCGAGCGCUAUGGAGGAGGAGACGGCAGAGCCAAAAGCCAAGCAAGGAGCACAUAAAGACAGUGUGUCCAGUUCUGAUGAGGAACACACAGUCACCACCAGGGUGUAUCGGCGGAGGGUGAUUCUGAAGGGGGAUCAGGCCAAAAACAUUCCUGGCGAGUCAGUGACAGAGGAGCAGUUCACAGACGAAGAGGGAAACAUUGUCACCCGAAAAGUCAUCCGGAAAGUGGUGCGCCGUGUGCCUGGAAAAGAUGAGAAAGGCAAGAAGAAAAGAGGCAGGCGCUCCAGACAGGCCUCUAGGGCCGAGCAGGCUGCUGAAGAGGAAGAAGAAGAAGAGGGACCCUCUAAGAGCCCUGAGUGCCGUAGCGAGCACUUUGAGGUCGGAGAGGGAGACAAGAAGAAAGAAGGGAGACAAAGAGGGAAAAAGGGUCAAUCGUAACAGUCGUGUGUGCUAUAUGGGAUCUGAACUUGUUUAGUCGUUGCUUUCCUGGGAAAAGGAUCACUGGAAACACAAUGCAGGAGAUCUGGACAAGUCUGCAGCCUUUACAUAAACGCAUGGUUUUUAGGAAGAGGACUUUAUGAUUUCGCAUGAGCAUGGAAAACUUCCGCCUUUCUGUCAAUGACACAAAGCAUCUGAUCGGUGCCAGGAAAUGACACAUUAGCUCAAGACCGUUGGUGGCAUGGAGCUUCUUCUGCACCUUGUGUUGGAGGAGUGCCAACAACUAAAUAAAAAAAAUCAUAAGAAACGGCACUGAAAAAUGGCAUUUCCAUGACCAAAGAUGGUACAAAGAGCAUUGUGGACUGACAGAAAUCGAAGAACAUGUUUUUAAAAACACCUUCUACACUCGCCUUACUUUUCUUCCCCCAGCCCCCCGCCCCCCCUCGGACUAGUGUCGGGCUGUAUAAUGUUGUUUUUAAGGAUCCUGUACAUAAACCAGAACUGUAUAAAUUCUAAAGUAGCUCACAAAAUUGUGAAUGCACUGGCAAAAGAGAGAGAGAGAGUCGCAAUGUGUGUGAAAUGAAAUGAAAUGAAAUGAAAUGAAACGAAAUGAAUGCUGAUAUUAAUUCCAAUUCUAAAGAAAAAAAAAUGGGGGGUUACUCCAUAGGUACUUGUAAUUACACAAAGAAACAGAAACUUUUUACACAAAAACAAGUUUGCUUGAUUUCAAAAAAGUACUUUUUUUAAGCAUACCACAAGUCUCGAUAACGAUAAAAUAAACAUAGCUGCAGUUGUGUUAAAAGAUUUACUCAGAAUACUAAUAUUUUGAUGCAUGUGAUUCACCUUAUUUUUGAUUUGUUUCCUAUCUACAUAACCAGAGGUGUGGUAAAUGUUCUAUCUGUGUGCACACUCAUAGCCUUGGUAUUUGUCACUAAUACUGUUUUAUAAUGACACCACUGUACCACGACAGACUCGCAGGAGGUGAAUGGACGCGACGGAUCCGACGCAAAAUUCUUGCAGUCAAAGGUUUCCUAUGCUAUGCAGUCACGGACAAGCUUGGGGCGCCUAAGAUAUCGCGUCACGUCAACUGGCGCGCUGUUAAAUUUUAACCGGUCUUAUGUGUACUGGCACUGAGGAGUCUUUCUGUAAGCCAACCAUUUGUAACCAUUCUAACAAUGUAUUACUAGGUUCCAAGGCUGCUGUGGUCAUAUGGGGCAUUUUUCUUUUUUUUUUUUUCUUUUUUUUAUUUGGGUUUGGUGAAAUAUUUCCUUAUGUUGAAUAUACUCAUAAAAGAGAGAGAGAGAGAGAGAUCACCUUCAGGUAUUCAUUGAAUGAUCUGAUAACAAAUCUGUAUGACAAACCAUACACUGGAUGAUUGAAUUAAUUAUUUAAGCAUAAAAUAAAUUGUGUUCAAAUCUGAAAA